GUCCACGACUUUGCCUUGUCUUAUGAUCUGACACAGCUGGUCGCUGCGCCCACGCGAAUCCCUGAUGUGGCAGAUCAUACGCCUUCCCUGUUGGACCUUCUGCUGACCUCUCAUCCGGACAGCUACCAGGUUUCUGUCGACGCCCCCUUGGGCUCGUCGGACCAUUGCCUGAUCCGGACCUCAGUGCCUAUCUCGGGUUGCCCACGGUUUAAACCGAAUGGCUUUCGCCGAGUGUGGCACUACAGGUCGGCAGACUGGGAUGAGAUGCGGUCCUUUUUUGCAUCCUACCCAUGGGAGCGAGUUUGCUUCAGUCUGGAUGAUCCCGACGCUGUUGCCGACUCUGUCGCCGAUGUGGCGCUUCAGGGGAUGGAUCUUUUUAUUCCGUCUUCUGUUGUGCCUAUCGGGGGCAGUUCUCGACCCUGGUUUGGUAAGUCCUGCAAAUUAGCCGCGCGCUACAAGCAGGAUUGUUAUCGAGCCUGGGCUGAGGCGUCAGCAGCUAGGGAUGUAAAUACCAGCCAGCUUAAAAAGAAGUAUAACUCUGCCUCCAGGUCCUUCAAAAGAGCGAUUGCCAAGGCAAAGUCAGAACACGUGGCCAGCAUUGGUGAGAGGCUAGUGCACCUUCCUUCGGGAACUCGCGCGUUCUGGUCUCUUGCCAAGGCUGUCCAGGGGAACUUCUGUAAGCCGUCCCUACCAUCUUUGCGCAGGGGGGACGACUCGCUGGCCCACACCGCAAAAGAGAAAGCCGAUCUCCUGGGCUCUCUUUUUGCGGCCAACUCGACUCUGGAUGACAAAGGUAACUCGCCGCCGAAAAUCCCACGCGGCGAGACCUCCAUGUCCGAAAUCCAGUUUAUCCAGAGAUCAGUGCGAAAAGCGCUGCAAUCUCUGGAUAUUCAUAAGUCGAGUGGGCCUGACGGGAUACCCCCCCUCGUGCUUAGGACUUGUGCUCCUGAGUUGGCACCGGUUUUAACGCGCCUGUUUCGGUUCUCUUACUCCCUAGGCAUUGUCCCGAAGUCAUGGAAGACUGCCAUUAUCCACCCGAUCCCA